UUUCCGGUAGCGCAAUUCCCGGAUGAGCCCCCCUUCUCCCUUUUCCCUCAGUCCCGGCCGCGGCGGAAAUGGUGGAUGGAGCGAAUGAGCGGCCGUACAGCACACAACACGACACGGCGACAACAUUAGCGGCAGGGCGCCGAUUUCGGCUCCCGUCACAGUCUCCCGCCGGUCGCGGACACUCUACAUGGCGACCCAGCAACUGCGCGGUACUGAGGUUUAUUGCGACGCCAGCGGAGACUGCAACCAUGUUGCUGUCAAGAUCAAAAGCCAUAACAUUCAACAGCAGCAGCAGCAGCAGGAGGAAGAGGAGACGUCGGCUCCUCAGCUCCAGCACCAAGGCCCUGGGCCCACCAAAUACAGCAUCUCGUCCAGUUGUAGCUCUGGGGAAUCAGUCAAACGGGCGGCCCGUAGUCCUCGGCGUCGCCGGCGCAAGUUUCCUCAGCUCUUCGAGCGGGCAUCGGGUAAGUGGUGGGACCCCGCCUUCGACUCGCGAAACCUGGAGGACGCGUGUCUGGAGCGCUGCUUCCCCCAGACCCAGCGCCGCUUUAGGUAUGCGUUGCUCUACCUCAUGGUGGCUGCACUGCUCUGGGCCAUUUACUUCGGCUGCGGCGUGAAGGACAAGGACCAGGCUCUGGGGGCCGUUUUCCUGGCUCCCACCUUACUCUUCAUGCUGUGUUGUGCCGGCCUUUUGGCGGUCACCUUCACUGGACUCUACUGUCACCACUAUGUCCGAAUCUCCCUGCUCUUCACGUUACUGGUCUUCGCCUUGUCGCUGGCCACUCGUUUCCAGGCCGGCACUGGCAGUGGCCUGGGCUGUAGCGGGAAUGAUAGCCAAGGCUCAUCUCCCUGCUGGAGCUACCUGUCGCCAGUUGGCAGUUUUUCCAUCUGCGUGGAGGUGCUACUGCUGCUCUACACGGUCAUGCCGCUGCCCCUCUAUCUUUGUUUUAUCUUCGGCGUUUCUUACUCGCUGUUGUUCGAAGUGUUGGGUUAUCAUCUGGGCAGCGUCGAGUGGCCCCGGCCGCCGGGUUCCGGCCAGCGUCUACUGCUGGAAGCUAUGGCCAAACUUUUCCUACAUGCUUGUGUACAUGCAGUGGGCAUCCACCUCUUCAUCAUGUCACAGGUACGCUCCCGUACCACGUUCCUGAAAGUAGGCCAGUCCAUCAUGCACGGCAAGGACCUGGAGGUGGAGAAAGCCCUGAAGGAACGUAUGAUCCACUCUGUCAUGCCCAGGAUGGUGGCGGACGAGUUGAUGAAGCAAGGAGACGAGGAGAGCGAGAACUCCUUCAAGCGUUACUCCACCUCCAGUCCAAAGAGCAAGAAGAAGAAAACGUCUAUACAGAGAGCGCACAUCAUCUUCAGGCCCUUCACCAUGCAACGCAUGGAGCCCGUCAGCAUCCUCUUUGCAGACAUCGUGGGCUUCACUAAAAUGAGCGCUAAUAAAUCCGCCCACUUGCUGGUCGGUCUCCUCAACGACCUUUUUGGACGCUUCGACCGUCUCUGCGAGGGCACCGGAUGCGAGAAGAUCAGCACCUUGGGCGAUUGCUACUACUGCGUGGCCGGCUGUCCCGAACCCCGCUCCGACCACGCAUACUGUUGCAUCGAGAUGGGGCUGGGCAUGAUUCAGGCCAUUGAACAAUUUUGCCAGGAGAAGAAAGAAAUGGUUAACAUGAGGGUCGGGGUGCAUACAGGUACUGUCCUAUGCGGUAUUUUGGGAAUGAAACGCUUCAAGUUUGACGUUUGGUCUAACGAUGUGAACUUGGCCAAUUUGAUGGAACAGCUUGGGGUGGCCGGAAAGGUCCACCUUUCGGAAGUUACGGCUAAAUACUUGGAUGAACGUUAUCUAAAGGAGGAUGGGAAAGUGAUGGAAAGGGUUGGCACGCAGAGUGUGGUGGCUGAUCAACUGAAAGGAUUGCAGACAUUCCUUAUUUCUGGCAGAAAGCUGACUCAUUCAGUGUGUACCUGUUCUCACAUGAUGUUACCUCGCCUUGAUAGAGGAGACUUCAGUUCUCUUACAAUCCCCAUGCAGAACCAAGAAAUUACAAAUGAGGCUUCGACUGAAGUGGGGGAAGCUAGCAACAUCAUGGUUAAAACUAAGCCCAAGUGUCCAUCCUGUAAUAUCUUGCUCAUUCCUGGUUCCAGCACCAGCACAGAAGAAACUGCUGUGCAGAAUGGUUGUCAAGAUGAGCACAAAAAUCCCAAGGCACCAUCAGCAGGGCGAAGUAUGAAGGCCCAAAAUGGCCUACUGAAUCCUCCAGAGGAAGAAAAGCUAAACAACAGCCAGACAUCGCUGUUUGAAAUGCUGCAGAGUGAGAGGCAGCUGGAUGGACUGCUUCCGCUACGCUCCAAGCAGAUCCGGGAGAAAACGGAUGCUCAGUUUGUCAGCGUCAUUAAGGAGGACAGAUUAAUGGAUGAAUACUUCUUCAAACCUCCUAUUAACAAGUUCAGCCUGAAUUUCUUGGACUCUGGCUUGGAGAAAGCUUAUAGGGGCAGCUAUCAAGAUGAGGUUGUGAACAAUGCAUCAGAGAAGACGUUUGCCAGUGCCACAUUCAGUUCACUCCUUGAUGUCUUUCUCUCCACCAUAGUCUUCCUCUUUCUCUCCAUCACAUGUUUCAUGAAGCAGGGAUUGUGUACAUCUCCUUCGCAUGCCUCUGUUGUGGUUUUUGUCCUUGCGAUUCUGCUUCAAGUGCUUUCCUUGGUUAUCUCCAUCAGAAUGGCAUUUUACCUGGAUGAUGUGAUGCCAUGCACCAAAAGACUGAUGAAGGCAAUCUCUGGUUGGCUGCCUCGCCACUUUUUCGGAGCCAUUCUCAUCUCUCUCCCUGCAGUUGCUGUGUUCUCCCAGUUCACGUGUGAAUUUAAAACCAAUGUAAAUGUUACCAUGUUCUUCUGUUGUGCAAUGAUCAUCACUUUUAUUCACUACUGUAACUUCUGUCAGUUGAGCUCCUGGAUGAGAUUUUCUUUGGCUACGAUAGUAGGCAUAUCGCUUCUCAUCCUGCUGUAUGUGACACUAUGUCCUUCCAACUUGCCAGAAACACCAUCUGAAUCUAUAGAAUCAUUUAGAGAAGUUGGGUGCAAUAUUUCAAUGUCAACUUGGAGUUCAAAGAAUCUGGAGAUGAUCAGACAGGAGGUGAUUCUGGAUAUUGUCUUGUUGCUUCUGCUAGUCUGGUUCCUGAACCGGGAGUUUGAGGUUAGUUACCGUCUCAAUUACCAUGGUAACGUGGAGGCAGAUCUUCAUCGGCACAAGAUACAGAGCAUGAAGGACCAAGCAGACUGGCUCCUUCAUAACAUCAUCCCAGCUCAUGUGGCUGAUCAGCUCAAGGUAACUCCUCAUUACUCCAAAAACCAUGAAGAUGUUGGAGUUAUUUUUGCCAGCAUAGUUAAUUUCAGUGAAUUUUAUGAGGAGAACUAUGAAGGAGGAAAGGAGUGCUACCGGGUGCUGAAUGAACUUAUUGGUGAUUUUGAUGAAUUAUUGAGCAAACCCCAAUACAACAGCAAUAUUGAAAAGAUUAAAACCAUUGGAGCUACUUACAUGGCAGCUUCUGGGCUGAAUCCAUCACAACGACGUGAUAGCAAUCAUCCGCACAGUCACUUGCAGACACUUUUUGAGUUUGCCAAAGAAAUGAUGAGGGUUGUCGAUGAGUUCAACAAAGACAUGCUCUGGUUCAACUUUAAAUUAAGGAUUGGUUUCAACCAUGGACCCCUUACUGCAGGAGUUAUUGGCACUACAAAGCUACUGUAUGACAUAUGGGGUGACACUGUCAACAUUGCUAGUAGGAUGGACACUACGGGAGUGGAGUGUAAGAUCCAGGUGAGUGAAGAGAGCUAUCGAAUAUUGAGCGAGAUGGGCUAUGACUUUGAUUACCGAGGGACAGUCAAUGUUAAGGGUAAAGGUCAAAUGAAAACAUAUCUGUACCCAAAAAGCACAAACAGUGGGAUCAUCCCAUCACACCAGCACUCAGUGUCUCCAGACAUCAGAGUGCAAGUGGACGGAAGUAUUGGGAGGUCACCUACAGAUGAGCUUGCCAAUCUUGUGCCUUCUCUGCCAGUCUUGGACAGGUCUGGUUACUACCCUGCUAAUACUGAGGCUAAUGACUCAUCCUCUGCAUGUCAGAAGGUCACAAAAGUGCAGAUUAAGGAAGCUGAUGACAAAAUGGGUGACGACGAUCCAGAGGAAAUGGAUGAACUGACAAAGUUACAAAUAUCUAGCCAACUAUGAUGCAUCUUUUCAUACCACAAACCGGGCUCACCUGGGAGAAGUCAGUUCACGUUGGUAGUCUGCGUGACGUAAUUAUUUCCGGUUUUUAAUAUUUCAUUUUACAUCCUGAUUGCUGUGUGGAUCACAGCAACACAGGAUCCAACUCCAUUGCAAAUGCCUGUGCUGUUUUGGAUAUUAAGUGCCUUUGGAAAAACUGAAGCAUGUGCUUCAGGUAGGAUGGAUGGAGGUAACUGAAAGAUUGGCUUAAUUUAGAACCCUUGAUAAAGCUGUGGUUUCAACCUUCUUCCAUCUUUUUUCCAUUCUUCUUACACUUCACUCCGUCUCAUUUUUCUUUCUCAAUGCAGUUUUGUUUCUUUGUACUUUUUGUACCUGUACUUAAGGUAAUCUUUUAAUCUGAGCAUCUGCAAACAACCACUGAGGGUGGAUUUCGGUGAAAGCAUUCAGUUCACAAGGAAUGGGAGUGGGAAGAAUCUGGUCAAGUAAAUUAUUAACAACCCCUGAGUAAGUCCUGACACAUUCCAAAUUAUGAAAUGAAUGUGCCACUUUAACCUUGAGGAUACAGCCCUGUCUUUCACUUUCUUUGACUGUACCUACAAAGUACAUAUUAAAAGAAGACUGGAUGGGUUUCAGCCACAGUGUUACAUGCUGGUGUCUAGAGGGCUGUGAUUCUUUUAAAUUUGUUUGGAACAGUUGAAGUCUUGAGUUCUGUGUUUGUUUAGAUCUGUAUAAGAAAAGUUUUGAAUGUUGAACAGCCUUAUUCAGAAUAGUGAGUUGAAUUAAUGUAAAUAUUAGCAUUGAUUCCAGAUUAGAAUAACAGACCUUUUUGGUUAUCCCCAAAAGCUAAAUGUUCUCUUUAAAAGCCUCAACACGUUAUGAUUUGAGAUCUGUUUUCAGUUCUUAAAAUCAGCUAUAGUUAGAAGUGUGGAAUAAGGCAGGACCACUACCCAGACCAGUCAGAGACUGUUACUGCUGAGAAAAUUCCAGUCAUGAGUCCCCCUGACCACAAGCUACCCAAGAACUAAUGUUUUGUCGUCCUCCAGUCAGAUUUUGCUGCAGUAACAAGAAGGGGAAAGCAGGAUAAUCUGAUCACUACAUGAAAGGAACAUUUCUGCCAAGUCACAUGUUGUGCAACAUUUCCAUAAGCAAUGGAGUUGUCUGUUCCUUCCUCUUCACUCCAGGAAAGCUAUGACGGGCUAAUGUGAAAAUGACAAAAAUUGUCUGCAACAAAGACUUUAUUUAAAUGUUUUUGGAAGGCUGGGCUUAAAUUUAUAAGAGCAACAAAUGACAUUUAUUUUAUUGUAGCCAUUUUUGAUAUUAAAGGAUUCAGGUAAGCAUUCCAUCAUUACAUAUCCUGCAUGUGAUUAUGGAAGAUACAAAUAAUGAUGCCACCUUUAUCCUACCAAAUCAAAUAAUGUACAUUAUUGAUGCAGUUUUCACACUAGUUCAUAGGGUGUAUGGAUUGAAUUGUGUGCACCCUUUAAAGAUAGUGUGUUACCACUGUUGAUAAAGAUUUUCCCGAUUCUUUGUUUCACUCAUUCUCAAGACAAACUCUUUUUGGUAUGUUUUAUUUGAAUUCUGCUUUUGUUUGAAGUUUUUGGUUGCUACAUAUUGAAACCUGCAACAAACAACUUAACACUUUGUGAGACUGUAUCAGGAAAUGUAAGCCAUUCUGAUGUGAUUUGUUCUCGACUCCUCAUUGGGAGGUGUCAGCACAUUGUCACAUUUUAAAAAUCAGUUCUUCUUUUAACUUGAUUCUUGACAUUUCUUCAAGUGGAACAUAGGUUUCCCACUAAGUAUACACUCUGGGUGAAAUAUUGGAAAACUGCCCUGCUGGAAUUUGCCCUUAAUGUGACUGUGUGUGUCUUGGCCCAACAUUGGGUGAGAUAUUUUUAAAUAUUUUUUAAAAUCCAAUUUGAGGAUGCAGUGUCAAACAAUGUAUGGAGUAACAUUAAGGUGUUUGUAAUAAUGACAAACCAGUAUUGGAUUUAUGUUUUAUUGAACAGUAUUAAACUGAAUAACCCCAAAAAAAGUUAAUGGGGGUCUGUGGCAUGAUAAUUUUCAAGUUAUCUGUUGGCUUAAAUAGAUGGAUCUAGUUUGAGAUUGUGACCAAGUUUUGUACACCCCCUGUCUUGAGAAGACUCAGAGGUUUGGAAUGACAUUGUCCUAGAUUCCUACAUCAUAGCAAGGCCUUGAUUGUGGCAGCCCUGGUGCUCAAUUCACAUAGAGAACUUGUUCAGCGUGGAUCAGUGAGCAACUGCAUAUCCAGGCAACACAAUAAUGCAGUUGAUAUUCAUCUUGGAAAGGAUUCAAGCAUUUGAUCUGAUCAGUGCCUCUCCAUAGUAUGUAAACAAAACACUCUCUUAACCAAAUUGGUCAUCGGGACAAAAAUCUAAGGAGGAGUGAGGUAUUUAUUGACUCCUUUAAUCAAUUUGCAUUUUUUUGACAAUGUUCAGAUGAAACACACUUCUAUAAAAAUUGACAAUGUCUAAAUUUGUUCACUAAGUUGCCUUUGGUUUCACUCAGCUUGUCACACCUUAAGUAUUUUAUUCCAAACCAUCCCUAAAAUUUCCAGUCCCAGCCCUCAAUCAAACAACUUCUGUGCGCACAUACUUUGAUUUGAUGGUGUGUUCUUUCUAGUGGGUCCUGAUCAUUUUAUUUUGCUGUAACAAAAUAAACAAAAGCUAUAAGGGCAUUUAGCUAAUUAUAUCUUCCAAUUAUCACACCUGAAGCUUGUGUAGUAUGAUUUGAUUCCAGAUUUAAUGUUCAAAUGUUGGUAUUUGUGUAAAUGUUUGAACUGAAACACUAGCAAGUUCUGCAACUGUAAUCCGACUUGGAGAAGCAGAGAUAUUCUGAGAGCCAGAAUGAGAAGUUGCUGUUCUCUCAAUUUAUCACCUGGGUAUCUGAGCAAGAACUCUACAGUACACUCUAAGCUCUAGGUACUCUGUGUCUUUCUGCAGGCAGUUAUCCUCUCAAGUUCAUUCAAAUUGAAACUUUUGCCCCUUAAAUUUCACUGAUGAAAGUAGAAUGAAAUACCUUUGUAUUAAUGAAUGAAAUAUAUCUCAUCUUAAUUCAUACUCAAAUCUUUUAUCCGAGGCCUAGAAAUAAUGCUGUGAGAUUACCAACCAGUCCCAGCCUACUGGGAUUUUCUAGAAUAUGUCGUCUGGACUACUUCGCUUCUCAUGGAAAAUAUAUCAUCUUUACAGCAGAGUGCAAAAGGUCUGAGUAAGUGAAAAACAUGACCUGAUCUCUCAGACAAGUUAUGGCUUUUAAUGAAAGUUGUAUUGCGCCCCCACCCCGCGCCCCAUGAACCACUGCAGCUUUUCUGUUAAGGUUUGCACGUGGUUUAUGGUGAAAUGCCCAACUGUUAGGUGUCAGCACAUUUUUCUAGAUAAACGCAAAUUUAUCUAUGUUUUAUGUGCAUAUUUCUUUCCCAUUUAUGUUUGAAGCUGCUAGUUCUGGCCAGGGUGCCUGCUCCAUGCUGCUUUCAGUAAUGGUGACACCAACACCUGACAUCCAAUUAGCAUGGCAGAUGUGAUGGGGCCUGUAUUCCAGCAUUCUGUUGCAGGUUCCAACAGACUGGGCAACUGUUCAGUAUCUUUCAACUGUAUUUUUGAAUUUAAUAGUUGUAUAAAUUCUUUGAUAUAAAAUAGUCUGCCAACAAGAAGCUUCGCACUAUUGAACUCAGGCUUUGCAACAAUAAGCAGUGAACACUCAAUAUCCCCUCCUUAACUUUUCAGGAAAUCCUUUGUGGCAUACAUGCAUUCUAGCUGUGUUAGUUUUUGACUUGUUUCUCACCUCCCUGCCUUAAGUAAUUUGCUAAAACUGACUGGGAAGGUGAUAAUAAAAAGGACGUAUCAGCACUUUUUAAGACAUAAGUGUUGAUUUUAAUUAUUGUCUUACAAUUGCACUUGUUAAGUCUCCUGCAUUUAAGUAAACAUGUAAAUGUUUACACUUGGGCACAACUAUGUCAACUCUAUUGAGGGUGUGGCAGUGCUGUUGAGUGCAAAUUGCUCCAAGCUGAACAAUUUCAUCCUUUUGGUGUUUUGACCAUCCUAAUUUGAUAUUGUUGGAGUGGAGAGAAAGUACACUAAGUAUCUGUUUUUGUAUGGGAUUUAGUUGAACAUUAUAUAUGUGGAUUCAAGGGCCCCUUUCUCCUCCCUUUCUCCUACCUCACAAUACAUGUACAGACUUUGUACACAAACCCCUCCAUUAAAACAGACGAUCAGGGUUCAGCCCCAUCCUCGCAAGUAUAUGUGCGAUUUCUAUCAGUACAGAUUUUUCAUUGUGGAACUGGAGGACCUUCUUCAAGAGUGUUGUCCAUUUUUUUGAGACAUACUGUUACAAAUUUUGUUCUUGCUUUUCUCGCCAGCUAUCACAGCAUAUAACUGAUAUUUAUCAGAACCAGCCAUGUGGAAUCCUUAUAUAUCCUAAUUACUAUGUGCUGAAACACUGAGUGCCGUGAUGAGCAAACAUGGUUGGCUGGUUAGUUGAUCUGGAGGGUGGCUGGGGAUUUUGGAUGAUGCAGUCCCCCACAGUGAUUUGAUUGAUUAAUCUUUCCCAUUGUACUUUGGUGUUUGACCAUCCUAAUAAUUUUGUUGCAAGCCACUAAUUGAAGGAGUCCUUGCAUUUUUACUUUCAGCCCAAAUAAACAAAUAUGGAAUCACACUUGUCCAUUUGAGACUCUGCCUGAAGAGUGCCAUCACUCAUUGGCUUGAGCCAUGCAGUGACAUUUGCAAAAUUACACAGCUACGGCCAAUGCAAAGGUGGGUCUUGAAAUACCGAACAGGCCUAGGCCCAGCUGCUGAGAUCUGCCAGCUGCUGCUAGAACAUAGCCGCAGCUUGUGGUAGUCAUGAAGGAGCAGUUCUUAGAGCAACACUAAAUACAGUGAAUGUGUGUGGCUUGUUGGGAAUAUGGGGUUUAUGCAUUGUGGAAAGGGGAGUGCUGCUCUGAUGUUGGUUUAACUUGUAAAUAGUUUGCCUAUGCUUUGUUGAUAAAAAGAAAAUGUAUGUGAAAUAUUAAGCUAUAUGUAUAUAGAUAAGCAAUAUAUGACUUAUUACUACCAAUCUGUAAUCAAUUGUAUAUUAAAAACCAUUUUACUGUGAAUAACAGGACAUAAUUUCACUGUAAAAGUUCACAGUACCAUAUCAAUUAGUACAGUAUUCAUAAUAAAGCUAUACAUGAGUUGUGCUGUGAGGCACAAGUAUUUCACUGGAAAGCUGGAAAAUGAGAACUGAAUCAUACUUAACUGGUAAGUUCAACUGUCUAUGCAUGUCAUUUUAAAAAUAUUUGAGCACCUUAAGCCACACCCCCAAUAUUCUCAACAGCAAAAGACUCAUCUGACAGCUUCAAUUAUACUGACGCACAUUUAUAUAAAUUAGUUUAUGUGGUGAUUACAUUUUCUUGGAUGUCUCUGAAUAUUUGGCUUUGUGUAAAGAGCUAUCCCAAAACCAUGUUUAGUUUUGUAUUUAUAUUUACUAGCUUUCCCCUGAUUAUCUUUACUUCAGUUAGUUGUGCAGAUGUUAAAACUGAGUUAAACAUUCCUACUGUCAGAGAAAUUAAACUUUUCAGAUCUUGGAGAAUCUUAAAAAUCAUAAUUGUUUGGCAUAACAAUACCGCCCAACUGUAAGAACGUUUCAUCCCACGAUAAGAAGGAAUCUAAGGAGAAAUUGUUUAUCCAUUUAUGCUGGUAGGUUUACUUGUCUCAUAUUUUGCAGGUCCUACAGUCUUUGUAAAUACACCCAAUUCUGAGUGAAGUUGUUUUCCUGUCCAGCCGAUUGAGUUAUUGAUCACCAGUAGAAAAUCUGAGGAAAAAUACAAUGCUCAAUACUUCUCUAGUGACUUAAUUUGAAGGAUAAGUGCCAUAUCCUUACAGGAUUCCUUUUGUUUCCAACCUCCUAAACUUAAGUUCCAUUAAAUGAACAAACUUGAUAGUGCAUUUUCGAUAGCCAGAGACUUUUCCCCAGGGCAGUAUUGACUGCCACGAGGGGUCAUAGUUUUAAGGUGUUAGGAAAAAGGUAUAGAGGAGAUGUCAGAGGGAGGUUCUUCACCCAGAGAGUUGUGAGCGCAUGGAAUACUUUGCCAGUGGUAGUCGUGGAAGCAGAGUCAUUAGUGACAUUUAAGCGACUGCUGGACAUGCACAUGGACAGCAGUGAAUUGAGGGGAGUGUAGGUUAGGUUAUUUUAUUUUUGGAUUAGGAUUAUUCCACGGCACAACAUCGUGGGCCGAAGGGCCUGUACUGUGCUGUACUUCUCUAUGUUCUAUGUUCUAUUUUAGGCAUUAGUUUUGGCUUAGUGAUAGCAUGCUCAGCCCACCUGGAAGGUUCAAUUUGAAGCCCAUUAUGCAGGCUUGAACAUGGUCUAGACUGAUAUUUCAGUGCAGAGAAAGUCAGCAUAAGUGCAGCACUAAUCAGAUCUGUCUGACCCCUUUGGCAUAUGUUUUAAAAAAAAAACUCCAAAUGCAACCUAGGAAACGUUAUACCAGAGAGAGGGCCACUAAAAUAAAUGAUCUAACCAUUAAUAUAAAAUCAAAAAAAACUAUGGAUGCUUGAAAUCUGAAAGCAAAACAUAGUGUGGGAGAAACUCAGCAGGUCAGGUAGCAUCUCUAGAGAGAAAAAUAGAGUUAACAUUUUGAGUCUAGUGGCUCCUCAGAACUAGCCAUUAAUCUUUUUGUGGGAUCUUGCCAAGUCUUGCAUACUUUAAAUUUCCAUCGCUAUAAAAUAUAAUUCAGUAUCUUCCUAGCACUGGUCACCAAUUGAUAAACAACACCCUAAGCAAGAAGUGUCAGCUUGAUUAUUUUUUCUUCUUCCUAAGGUCCAAACCAUCACAGAUGCUGGUCAUUAUUCAUGUACUUGACGUAACAUGGUACCAAAUAACAUCACGACACAUGGGAAUGCAGUAAAGGCAUUUGAUAAGCUUGUUUUCUUAUGGGAUUACUUGACAAUGGUUGGAGCCAGACUGAGCAGAAAGAAAGAUGGUUGUUCUUUGACAAUCACCUCCGUCCUGGGACAUUGCGACAGGAGUUUGUAAGGGUGGUGUCUUAGGCUUAAUCUUCAGCGCCUGCUUUAAUUAUCUCCCUCCUUCAGAAGUUAGGAUAUAUGUUAUUGAUUAUACAGUGUUAAUUAUCAUGUGCAAUUCUACCAAACAAUUCCAGCAGCAUGCUUUAGAUGAUAAGUAACAUUUGCAUCAUCCUGGUGCCAUGUGAUGAGCAUAUCUAACAAAGUCUAAUCAUUUCCCCUUGAAGGAUGGCCAUUACUGUUGCUAAAUUCCCCAGCAUCACCAUCUUGGGAGUCACCACUGAUCAGAAACUUAACUGAGUCAACCACACAAACACUAUAUGGCUAAAUGGAUGGCCAUGGAGGCUACUAAAAGUCAGAAGUAUUUUCCAUUUACUUUGAAUGCAGCUUAAACUUUAAGAACACUCAGAAGUUCCAAACAGCUCAGGACUUAGCAACCUGUUUGAGUCAUACCUAAUGCACCACCUCAAGCAUUUGGUCCUUCUACCAUUGAUGCACCUUGGUUGCAGUGCAUUAGUUACAAGAUGCAUUGUAGCAACUGGUGAAUUUUCAGUCACCUGCCAAAUCUAUUUUUUCUCAAAGAUGAAAAGCAGAAAAUUCAUGGGAACACCACCACUUGCAGGUUCCCUUCCAAUUGUUUUCAAAAAUAUACUAGUGUCAGAUACCUCUACAAAUCUUGUGAAUAAAUAGUUUGAAAUUGAUAUUGCCUAAGUUCAAAACAGAUUCAUUUCUUUCAGUAUAGUAUGCCACACUCUGAGGCACGUCAGUACACUUGGAACUGCAGUUUGUAAUUACAAUAUCCAUUUCAUGCAAGUGUACAACUUGAGUUUUUGAAAUAAAAACACAGUGCUGGAGAACCUCUGAGUCUGGCAUCAUUUGUGGAGAGAGAGUGUUCAAGUUUCAAAUUCCAUCGGAUGACUUUGGAAUGUUUGGGAAGGGGUUAAGGGCAUGUAUUACAAAGUCAAUUUGGGGCAGUUUUUGGAACAAUGCUAAUUGAGAGGAAAUGUGAUAGAGGUGUACAAAAUUAUGGCAGGCUUAGAUAAUGUUGAGAAUGAAAACUGCUUCCAUUUGCUGACAGUUCAUGGAACAGAGUAUUAAAACUUUGGAUAAGAGAUACCAGGGAACAAUCUUUUACACAGUGCGUAGUGAUAACCUGAAACUUGCUGAAGAGGGUGAUGAAAUUAAAACCAAUCAAUCAUUUCAAAAGAAAUUGAAUGGGAACCUAAACUUGCAGGGCUAUAGGGAUUGAAUCAUGGAAUUACUACAGUGUGGAAACAGGCCCUUCAGCCCAACAAGUCCACACCGACCCUCAGAGCCUCCCACACAGACCGAUCCCCCUAUAACUCAUCUAAUCUACACGUCAUUGAACACUACAGGCAAUUUAGCACAGCCAAUCCACCUAGCCUGCACAUCUUUGGACUGUGGGAGGAAACUGGAGCACCUGGAGGAAACCCACGCAGACAUGGGAGAAUGUGCAAACUCAACACACGGUCACCCAAGGGUGGAAUCGAACCCAGGUCACUGGUGCUGUGAGGCAGCAUUGCUAACCACUGAGCCACCAUGUUGCCCUAAAACAAGGGUGACUGAUGAGAAGAGCAUUCAGGAAAGCUCAGUCUACGUCAAUGUAGAAAUGUGUCAUUGGUAAUGAAGGGGCUAAAGUUCCAGACUUUAUUGGCUAGGUGGACUCCUGAGCUGUAAAUGGCCGGCUCUGACUUUGCUGUCAUCCAAGAUCUCAGUGACUUGGAAGGCUGUGUUAUCUGUGAACUGAGUUAAACAAUCUUGCGUAAAACUAAUUUUUUGAAACCUGGUCAAGUUAUCACUGCCUGAAGCUACCUCCUUUAGGUUGCUGAUCUCAACAGUCUUCCCUUCCAAAUUGUACACCGUCCCAGGUUGGAAACAUAAAGCCAUUACUUAAUUGCAUACAGUCAAAAUCUUGGAACACUAGCUAACUUCACUUACACCUUAUGGACUGUAGCAGUUCAAAGAGGCAGUCAUCAACCACCCUCUCAAGGUUAGUUGAGACUAGUUGAGGUUAAUUGGGCAACAAUCUUGCCAGUACCAUUUGCAUCUGACUAAUGAAUUUAUUUUAUAAAAAACCCUCUGAUUUCCAAAGCUAAAAUGUAGUUUCCUGAAUGCAGAAUGUGGCUUUCCUAAAAUUUGCAUACCUGCAUGUUCACGAACAGCAGGGAGGGAAAGCUGGACAACAUUUGACAUUCUGAAUCAUCUAUCGACAUAAAAUGGAUCUGGUUCCUGCUGAAAUGUUUCAUGAUGUCAUCAUGCCUUGACAGUGUUGUCAGUUCAUUAAUGGACCAUUAUUGCCUGUGAUCCAGGAGCUGAAUUCUGUAUAUUAUGCCUGUGUUGAGGUGUAUACUCAACUAACAGUUACUUUACUGUACUUGAUAAUUCACCAUUGCCUUGUUCAUGAUGUUAUUUUCCAAGAAUGUCACAUGAAUGGAGGAUUGUAGACAAUUUAGAAGCAUAAAGUAAAAUAAAACAAAUUGAUUUUGGAUUUAUUUAAUACAAAUAAAAAUAAUGGGUUAAUUAUC